AUGAACGUGCAGGUUCAUGAAGUGCCAAACAUGGCCCCUUUUGUCAUUGACAACAUUAGAGAAUGUACAAAAACAGACACAGUUUUGCAGGCACUGAUCCCAUACAUUAUCGAAGGAUGGCCUAGCCAAAGAAACCAAUGCAACGAGUUCACACACGCAUACUGGGAACACCGAUCAGAACUUGCUGUGUAUGAUGGAAUCGUUAUCAAGGGACACAGAAUCGUCAUUCCAACACUCAUGAGAAAGAAGCUACUCAGCAUACUGCAUAAGCAACACCAGGGUAUAGAGAAAACACGCCUUCGUGCGAGACAAAGCAUAUACUGGCCUGGUCUAAAUGCUGAUAUAGAGCAAAUGAUCACAGAAUGUGAUUUGUGUCAGACAUAUCAGAACAACCAGAAGAACCUACCUGUACUUCCAUUACAUUCCAACAUGCCUAUGCAGAGAGUUGGAAUCGACCUAUUUGAAAUACAGAGCCAAGACUUCCUAAUCUGUGUCGACUACUAUACAGCUUAUGUCUGGGUUGAAAAGCUUAUGAACACUAACAGCAAAACCAUAUAUACCAGACUGGAUAAAAUAUUCUCACAGUUUGGAUACCCAGAAAACAUAAUAUCUGACAAUGGACCACAGCUAGUCAGCGAAGAAUUUGAAAAGUACUGCAGACAAUAUGAGAUACUGCACACUACCAGUGCACCAUACCACCAAGCAGGAAAUGGGAGAGCUGAAAGGAACAUCGCCACAGUCAAACAGCUUCUUAAGAAAAGCAGACUUACAGACAUCAACGAAAUACUGUGCACACUAAGAGACACACCAAUUGCAAACGACAUCCCCUCACCCUUCACUUUGAUGUUCGGACACAGAAACAUAAAAACAAAUCUGCCAGCAAUAAACAACUUUGGAACACUAGCUACCACACAGUACGGUGAAAAAAUCGUAUAUGGAGAAAGCCAUAUUGAAAAACAACCACCUAAGAUCAACAUUGGACAACCAUGCAGGUUUCAGAUGAAACCUAAGUCAAUAUGGCAACCGGCUACGGUAGUAUCGAAAACAUCUGACAGGAACUACACUGUUGAAACACCCUCUGGCAUACAAUACACCAGAGACCGGGUAAACAUCAAACCGGAAAAAACCUAUCAAAAACCACAACAAAACCCAACUAACCAAGGAAGCGCAAUCAGUCAAGACACAGCACCAGAAACUGCAACACAAAGCGCUAAUAACAAUAGUGCCAAGGAUAUGCCACCAUUAGCUAUCCACGACCGACCAAAACGGAUGUGCAAACCACCCAUCAAACUACAGGACUAUGUCACUAAAUAA